AUGGCAUUGUCCUUGCACUGGUCGCCGUUUGUCGGCCUUUGCUCUAUAGCGCCGUACGCCGUGAGGACACGGCUUCGCCGCGUCCCGACUCGUUCGAUUGCGAGUGACGUCGGCGGCGCGGCUUCUGCAGUGGAAAAAACAAACCGGCACCCCUUGAGCCGCGCCAGGCUGCCUCGGAAGGCUGCCGCGGCGGGGCUGCCUGCCCUGGCGCAGCUCGGUUUUGCAGUGGAAAAAAAAAAGAGAUCUUCGACGCCUGCGCAGUUGCGCAUCCGUAUUGUAAGGCCGCCCGUGUGUGUGUCUGUGCGUGGCACGGGAUCAGGUGGCGCCGUGGUCUACGCUCGUCGGGUGGCGGAGGUCGGCGCCCACGGGGACGACCCGUGUGGGGAGGGGUCCACGGGGGGGCCGGAACACCCUGGGGCACGGCGGGGCCCGCGGAGAGCAGAGAAGAGGCUUCGGCGAGCAGCGGGGGAGGGAAUUGUUCUUGCAGGAGGAGGAGGAGGAGGCCGUGGGGGAGAGGGGACUCUUGGAGGAGAGGGCACUCCUGGAGAACGGGGGACUGAUCAAGGAGAGGGGGAGAAACAGGGAGACAACGAAGGGGCUCAAGGAGGGAAGGGGACCCGCCAGGGUGGCGAAGGAGGAGGUCAGGGCGGGAAGGGAGGGAGUCAGGGAGGAGGAAAGGGGGGCCGUCAAGGAGGCGAGGGGGGCCGCCCUGGUCGCCUGGGAGACACGCGGAGCUCCGGACCCUUCUUCUACAUCGGAGGGAACAACGGAGCGGCCCUGGUGAGCGAGUACUGCUUGAGGCGAGGCUGGGAGAGGACGUUGGACCGCACGAGGGAGGACUACCGCCUCAAGUGGUGCGAGCUCAAGUCCCGCUCCGCAUACACGGCCUUCCGCGAGGGGCAGCAGCUGCUCUACCAAAUCCAGAACAACAAGGUGCUCACCAGCAAGAUCGGCCUCCUGUGCAGCCUGCGGGACUACGAGCGCAUCAUCAGCAAGCUGCAAGUCACCUCCCAGCCCAGGAUGCUGAAGAUGGACGACUUCUUCCCGCACACGCUGCGCCUCGACGUGCGUGGGGAGCGGGACGAGUUUUUCGACUCCUACCAGGAGGGGGAGAAGUGGAUCUGCAAGCCGACAGGCCUCAACCAGGGCCGCGGGAUCUUCCUGCUGCGCUCGGCAGGCGACGUGGCGGCGCUGCGCGAGCGGCUGCUCCUCGACGCCGACGCGGGGCCCCGCACGCCGCGCGCCCACGUGCCGCAGGCCCGCAUCGUGCAGAGGUACGUGACGAACCCGCUGCUACUGGACGGACGCAAGUUUGACGUGCGCUCCUACAUGCUCAUCGCCAGCGCGGCACCGCCCAUCGUCCUGUUCCGCCACGGGUAUGCGCGGCUCAGCUGCCAGAGCUACAGUCCCGAGUCCAACGACCUCACGGCACACCUCACCAACCAGUACAUGCAGAAGAAGAGCCCCGUGUACCAGGAGGUGAAGGAGGAGACUGUGUGGACCAUGAGCCGCUUCAACGACCAUGUCAACGAGCACUGCGCCCCACACAAGGGGCUGCCCAAGGACUGGGUCCUCACCACCUUCACUAAGCGCAUGCAGCAGGUGAUGACCCACUGCUUCCUGGCCACCAAAUCCAAGCUGGAGGGCAAACUCGGCCUCUUUGACCUCAUCGGCUGCGACUUCCUCAUCGACGAGGACUUCAAGGUAUGGCUGCUGGAGAUGAACUGUAACCCCGCGCUGCAGACCAACUGCAUGGUGCUCAAGGAGGUCAUCCCGCAGGUGGUCAACGAGACCCUGGACCUGGCGUUGGAGACGUUUGAGAAGGUGCGCCGAGGCCAGCGCGUCAUGCCGCUGCAGACUCGCCGAGACUUCACGCUGCUCUACAACGGGGAUCCCAGCGACCCGCACUCGCGCCCGAGCUGGCCGUCGUCAAGGCCCUACCUAAACCUCGGCCUGCUGGUGCCUCGCCAAAAGCAGCAGCAUCAGCAAAAUCAGCAGCAGCAGCAGCAGCAUCAACAGCAGCAGCAGCAGCAGCAGCGUCGUGCGACAAAAUCGGCGGCACGAAACUUUGCGCUUCCCGAACCGCGCACGCCGAAGCCGAGAAUUCGCUACAACAUCUCCAUCGCAAAGGUGGCGGCACCUCCGCUGCAGAAGCUGAGUCUGAGACCUCAGGGAGUGGAGGAUGACGAUGAUGAAGACAGGGAGGAUGACGAGGAAGACGAAGCGGAGGAGAAGGAGGGAGGGGGCGGCACCUUGGGAGCCAUUACGCGACGCGUGGGGUGCUCGAAGUCGGCACGUCGGCCGCUCAAGAGCGCCGCUGCGCCGCGACCCACACCGCCCGGCCCCCGGCACCAUCGCUGGGCUCUCACGCUGAGGUCCAGGGCGCCGGCGGCCUCGCUCUCGUCAUUGAGCGCGCGCGGUGGCGUCCGGUCCGUGGCUGCCCUCGCCGCCACCAUCUCCGUCCUGACGACGUCGCUCCCGCACGAGGCCUCCGCCACUUGGAAGACGGCGUUGAGCCUCCCCGUGCGGAAGGCGGAGGAGGAGGAGGCGGAGGAGGAGGAGGAGGAGCAGGAGGAGGUCGACUCGCAGAGGCUCCCUCCGCUUCCAUCGCCCGACGACGCCUCGUCUGGCACCACCGCGAAGAAGCAGCUGUCAGAGCGAGGAGCUUGACCUCGAGAAUUCGCGACGAUCGGGGAAGUGCGAACGGUCACCGCGGUGGCUUCCGAGCCACCCCGGAUCAUCGCAGCCGCAUGGCCUCUGCCUUGAGCCUUCCCGGGAAGCUGCAACUCGAUUUAAAAAGAAAAAGCCUACGAAUUUCUGCGUCCUGCAAAUCUUUUUCUUUUAUAUAUAAGCCAUGAUUAUUAUUACAGUAGCCAUAUCAAGAUUGUAGGUGCAUGUGUGUGUUGGUGUCUUUGUUAGGGCUGUUCAUAGGUGUUCGCAAGCAGCACUUUGCCCUACAGUCUUUUAAGCCUAUACGGGGAGUCUUUGUGUGUCGGGGUUAGGGUGUUCGCUAACAGCACUUGCCCCAAUAGUCUGUUGAAAGCUAUUCGAGGGAGCUUUGUGUUUAGGUGGAGGAGUGGCGGUGCAGUGGUUUGUGCACUGCGCUCCGAACCCGGCGACCCACUUUCGAUUCCCGCUUACAGCCAUCAGUGAUGAAU